GAUUCAGCGCCAUCAGUAUUUCGUGAUCGUGCGCAACGGCAGCGGUGCGGAUCUCGGUGUGCUUACGGUCUCUCUCUUUCUCUCCCGUUCUUCCUUCAUCUCCUACUGCUCCCCUGUUCCGUUUCUCGCGUGAGUUUCUCGACUUUUCGGAGGUGGCGCCUCCACUCUCUCUCUCGCGACGUCCGUUCAUUCUUUCCUUCCUCUCUUGCGCGGGCCUUAUAUUCCGCUUUCUCGCUCGCAUCAGCCAGCCAGCCGGCCCAGCCGGUGCCCCGCUCCUUUUUGGCCCGUUCUCCGCGACGCGCGGAAGCCACACGAACGGAGGAAACGCGAGAGUGCGUGACCCAGCUUGACCCAGCUUGACGUCGUCGUCGUCGUCGUCAUUGGCGCGUGUGCCGGUACGAAUUUCGUGUGUGCACGCACUCACGCACGCGCGUACGCCUCAGUCGCAAGAGACAAUUCACACGAGAGGGAGAGAAUUUCCCGAUCGCUCCGUGGUGCUUUGAGGUUAUCAGACAGCAGAGUUCUCUCGCCGUUCGCGCCGGUUGAUCUUCUCCGGGGGAAGGAAACAUGUGGGCCGGCCAGGACGACACGCAAAGAUUCAAGACCAGGGUGUUGAAACCGCCCGGCGGCGGCAGCAGCGACAUUUUCGGCUCGGGCCCGGAGGAAACGAGCCCGCGACGCGUCAAGACUCACAAUCAGUCCCAGCUGGGCCUGGCGUUGUUUGGCGACGCCAACGGCACCGACGCCGGUAACGGCAACGGCAACGCGAACGCCGCCGUGUCGCCGCGCUCCAGCAGCAAGCCCGGUAAUGAUUCAUACAAUCGUCUGUUUGGCCCCCCCGAUGCCCCACCCACCACCCCAAACGCGAGAAAUCACAUGCGCAGCAAUAUCUCCCUCAGCGGGGGAUCGUCGGCCUCGUCGUUAUCGUCGGGCGCCGCGACGUCGCCCGCGAAGAGCACAGCCAGCAGCGGCAGCAACACGACGGGCGUCGCCAACGGCUUUGCCGUCAGCAACGGCAGCAAUUCGAUCAACGAUAUCACAGCUUUUAGGAGAAAGAAACGAUUUCGAGGAUCGUCCUGCGUGCCGGCGCGCAACCCGGUCACCGGCGACGGAAUCGAGGUGACGCCCGUGAGGCGCAUCGCACGAAAGUGUCGAGAUGGCAACCCGGUAACCGGAACCGGCUACGCAUCCGAGCCACUGAAGAACGGUCCGACCAUGCAGAACGGCACCGUCAGCUCGAAUUCCAGCAGCGGCGAGAAGUCGACCGACUCGUCGCCGACGGCGAAGCCGGCGACGCGCACCCGCGUCCCACCCGGUGGCUACUCAUCCGGACUCUGGUAAAGGGCGACCAACAGCGUCGCCGUCGGCGGUUGUCCCGUCGCCCGCUCAUCGGGACAACCCGAUCGAUCCUCUUCGAUCUUCUUGUAUUCUUAACCCGCUAAGGCCCGCGAUCGCGCCUUUUCGUUUCGCCGUUAUAACAGAGAUAAAGAGACACAGAGGAGGAAAGGAGAGAGGGAGGGAGGGAAGGUAGGAAAAAAGGAAGGAAGGAGAGAAUUCCAAAAUGAGAAGAUCGAUAGAUCUCAGUUGCCGUGUAUACACCUAUACCUGCGCAGACAACGUUUUCCGCCGCGCGAUUGUUUCUCUAGGAGGAGCAAACCACCCACCCUCGUCGAAGAGAGAGAGAGAGAGCUUCUGGAAGCAGGCGGAUGAGACAAACCUGCUGCCACCGUCGGCGCGGGCUUUAUUGGGUUAAUCAACGAGUGGUCUAACACCAUUUUUCUCUGUUUUCUUUUCUCUUUUGCUUUGUACCGAUUGAAAGGAAAAAAAACGCAGAAGGAAAGAGAGAGAGAGAGAGAGAGAGAGAGAGAGAGGGAGGGAGGGAGGAGGAGAGGAAUAGUAAGAGUGAUAACCUGCGACUUCUUGAUACACAGAUGACUAGAUAACUCUUUCUCGGCCUCGAAUAAUCGACACUUAGGCAAAAUUGUUUUUUAGAGGUGACACACAAACGUAUUAUAUAUACGUACGUACACAUACACACACACAUAUACAUACAUACGGUGACGGAUAAGCCAUCAUCACCACCAUCGUCGUGAUAAUUAUCAUCAUCAUAGAUCAUCGUCAUUAUCAUCGUCACUUUGUUUCUUUUUAAUAAAAAUAUUUGAUACCGUCUUGUAGCGAUAUUUGUCAUCGGGAGGGCGGAAAAGCUUUCAAUGGGGACAAAAGAUAGUAAUAAUAAUAGGAGAAACCCGUCGAGACUCCUCGUGUCGCGAUAUCCGCAAUACAGAAGCGAGCGUAAGCUGCGUUCUAUCUCGCGUCUCGACCAGCGACGGGGAGGAGAGGAGGAUCGCGUUCGACUUUCCUAGAUCCCGGCAAUGAGAAGAAAAUACUUGAACAUUUGUUUACGUGAUACGAAGGUUAUUUCACAGAAGUAAGAUCGGAAGUAAGCUUGUUCGGAAACAAGCUCUCGCAGAAGUGGACUUCAGUUCGCAGAGAAGUCAACCUUAUAUCCUGCGAACAAAUACGCGAGGAUCUUCUCCUCGGUGUGAGAGGAGUCAGUCGCGCGCGAAUUCCGCUUCGAGAAGAGUCAAUUUUCAGGCCAAGUAUCAGCGGGGGCGACUGGGACGCGACAAGGACAAGGGAGGUAAUCUUUUUCGCAUCUCGCACUUGCUUAUCCCGCCCUAUCGGUCGUCUGAGACGAGGGCGAUGUCUGAAAACGAUUCCGCGGACACUUCAGCGAGGAGGGAUCUCUCGUUGAUUCGUUCAGGUGGCCACGCAAAAAGUUCCGCGCGAGCGCAGGUGUAAACCGAUGCCGGCUUCGUCGAGCGUGAAUCAUCACCGGUCCUUCAAUUAGCAACUCUAGUACAGGCAUUAUCGCGAACAAGUAACUGUAUAUAGAGGUAGUUAAAACGAUCAUCGCGCGUAAAGAGCGGGCCUGCUCUUCUUCCUCCUCUCCUUCGAGACUGAGAAGUUCCCCCGGUCGGCGAACGAUCCGCGCGAGUCGUAAAUCAUCCCGCUGGGAAACACGAUUUUCUAUCGGCUCGGAUUUAAUGAGCCUUGUGAGUGAAUCGGAGGGGAGAGCGAGCGAUCGUGGCGUAAGACGAGAGCAAAAGCGUUCGUCUUCCUUCCCGUGAGAUUCGUCAUCAGAACUCGUCUUGCACUCCUCCGUCACGGGGAAUGAGUUCCCCUUUGCUCUCUUUGUCACGUUGAUCGCUCUGUAUCUCGCUGCUGAACGUCAUCGUCGUCACGACUAGCAUGACACGAUCCACACGCGAAGCCGCAAUUGUGGAACUUACGUGGAAAACUCGCGCUCCGCUCCGAGAAGAUACUUGAGAAUUUAUUUGUGGGAUAUAAAGUCGAUUUCUGCGAAUGUGCACCUUGUAUCCCGCGAAUAAGUGUUCGAGUAUUUUUCCCCUCAGUGCUGACAAUUUUAAUAUUGACAUGAUAUUAAAUCUGAAAAUUUCAAGAAUCGAGGUGCCUGUAAGAUCGGGAUGAUCGAUUCUUUUCGAAUUCUUGUAUUCUCUAAGGCUCGCCGCUUUUUGUUUCGCUGUUCUAAUAAAGAUAGAGAGACAGAGAUGGAAAGAGACGGGAGGGAAAGAGAGAACUCCAAGAAGAAAAGAUCGAUAGAUUCUCGUUUACCGUGUGUCCAUUUCAAUCUUACAUUGAAUCCUUUUCGAAAUAUGGAAUUCUUUGCGGUUAAGGCUCCUCGUAUCUCGUCGGCUAUAUCGGAUUUGUGACGUCAGAAGCGAGGAAUGACCUGCUGACGAAAAUUGCGUGCCAUUUCUAAAGAUAUAUAUGGAUGAAAGAGUAUUUGAGAUUGCUUGAACACUCUUGUAAAAAUGUCCAAAAGGUAUCUCUUUUCCUCUUGAUCAAUAAAUAGUCGUAUAAUAAAUAGUAAAAUGAAACGUGUGAGAAAUGAUGAAUUGAGUCUGUUUUAUCUGCAUGCUUCAUUUUACCAUUUAUUAUACAACAUUUACUGAUCGUCAGAGGAAAGGGAUAGUUUUCGAAAAAUCUUGCAAGUAUGCUCAAGCGAACUCAAGUGCUCUUUCGCUCAUAUUUAUCUUUAUUUAAAAACGGCGCGCAACUUUCGCCAACGUCAUUCCUCUCUUCUGACGUCACAAAUCCUACAUAACUAGGGACAGGCACCUUUUUUAUUUACCAUACUUAUUAUUUACCAUAUUUCAAUAAUAUAAACUAUAUGGCGGUCGCUUAUAGUUUUCGAGAUAUCAUUAAAAUUUUUCUCGUGUUUCUCAUAUUAAUCUCAUAUUCAUUUAUUUCAAUUUUGUUCUAUUAGUUGGAGAAUUUUUUACUAUUUUUCUCGUGUUUCUCACUAAAAAUGUUUUCGAAAAUCACUUUCAUUUUGAGGGGCCAAAAUUAUCGUAAUCGUCCUUAAAUUGUAUAUUUAUGAUUUUUUAUGCAUCAUCGCUUAGACUCUCGCUUCUUUAAAUUUUUAGGUCGUAGAUCAAAGAGCCUUUUUUCACGUUUUCAAUGGGAUAUUAAUCAAAAUAACAAUUAUACACGUGUGUAGCAUUUCAGCUUCAGGCACGGUUACGUGGUUGACGGUUUUACAUUAUACGUAUUUUUCGGAAAAAAGUUCGCGGAUAUUCAUUCUUUUAUUUCCUCGGAUAUGAAGCGUUUGUUCCGUUCCGAUCGCACGAUGGUUCGAUUGUUCGCAAAGCAAAAACCUCCCCAUCGCUGUCGAGUACACGACUGCGUCUUUCGCUCGUUUUCAACGUUGCGCGUUCACACAUACACACAUACACACACACAUACACACCCCUCGAGACCCGACAAAAUCGUUUCCUCGAAGAGACAUUACACGCGACAAAAUUCACUCUCUCCACGGUAAAGGACAAUGACACGUACGGAAUAAUAAUAUUCACACACGCGUAUAGAAGAGGGAGGGUGAACCAGAAACGUACCAAGAUCGUAGAAUCGUAGGAUCGCGAUCGCCACCUUAUUAUAGUGUAGCGUUCGAUUAGGAGCGAAAGGAGAAUCGUUUUGUCGAUUGAUCCUGCCAAAAUGUCAAGGAAUGGUAAUGGGAGAGAAAAAGAGAGAGAGAGAGAGAGAGAGAGAGGGAGAGAGGAAUGUCGAGGAAGCGACAGGUACAUAUAUACCUAACGUAAGGAUAACCGACGGGAUAAUUAACGCUUUCGAACGGAGAAUACCGUAGACUCGCGCGCCAAGUGCGAGACACGAUUUCGCUGGCAGGGGGAAGAAGAAGAAAGAAAAGAAAAAGAAAAAUGACUCCCCGGUCGUGUGAACGACGUGAGAAAAAAUGGACUGAUGAGAAGGAAAAGGGGAGAGGGGGGAGGGAGAGAGCAGUAGCAACGUGCGCGCUCGACGAUGACAUCGCGAUCUUCAUGGAGACUUCGGAAUUGUACAUUAGAAGUAGGCAUGUGUUAUUCGAAAAAUAAAAGUGUAUCAUGUAUAACCCAUACAAACCAAGUCAAGUGCUUUCUUAAUCUCCGUGCCUUCUUAAUAUCGCAUAAUUUAUUAUCGCACGAACGAACGAACAAAACGUACGACGCGCGGCUGACGAUCGUAGAGAGACGUAGAGAAAGAGAGAAAGAGAGAGAAAAAGCGAGAGGGAGAGAGAAUCGUUUACUCGCGAAAAAUCGUCACCUUCGCGAUGGGUGUUGGCAAUGGGGAAUAACACGACAUCGGUAAUUGCCCUUGAGGUCAAUGUACGCUUAACGUCACGUCCCUCAAAACAUGGAUUCGUCGCGCCGCCUUAGUAGAUGCGUAUCGUCAGGAGUUUCUCAGAAGCUGAAAGCGGGAUAUCGUUUGUCGUGCGUACUCGAUUAUCCACGUAAAGCUAUUAUUAUUUAUCUAUUUAUCGGUAUUGUAUACUCUUAUCUCUUAUUUCUAACGGCCGACGAGAGCUGCGUCCGACGAACUGACACAAGGGGAGAUAAUGAGAGAGAUAGAAAGAAAGAGAGAGAAGGAAGAGGAUACACUCUGUCCUUCUUAACACGUCGUGUUGCAGCCUCCUAAUCGUCGUCCCGCUUCUCUUUCUCUUACGAAUAGCACGUAAUAAUCGAAUAUGUAUUUAUUUCACAGCAACACGAGAGCCGUAUGCACAUGUAUUCGUUUUUCCUUUUCCUUUCUCUACGCAGAGAGAAAACUUUACGCAGUCGUUUUGGUGUGAGUAAAAUUAAGUUGUUUGUAACACACACACGCAUCGUAUUCGUCAUAAAUAGCCUUUUUGUACUCUGGCAAUGAUUAAUAAAAUUUUGUAAGCAAACAUCA